AUGACAAGGGAUAGGUUCCGUGCCAUAUCCUGGAAUAUUCAUAUGAGUGACCCAGAGGAAGAUGUUGUGAAUGACAGAAAGAAGCAGAGUCAGCCAGAUGAGUAUGACACACUCUUUCGUUUGAAGCCACUGAUGACCGAGAUCAAGGCCGCCUGUCAGUCUGCAUACCAUCCCAAGAAGCAGCUUUCCAUCGAUGAGAGGAUGGUGGCCACCAAGGCAAGAACUGGGAUGACCCAGUACAUGAAAGCAAAACCGACCAAGUGGGGAAUAAAGCUGUUUGUGCUGGCAGACUCCAGCAAUGGCUAUACCUGUGACUUCAACAUCUACACAGGUAAAAGCAGGUUGGCCUCUGGGCUAGGGCUCUCAUUUGACUCUGUGGUGGCAUUGAUGAGGCCAUCUUUCCUAGGCAGUGGUUAUCACCUCUACUGUGAUAAUUUUUACACCAGCCCAAAACUCUUCAGGCACCUGCUGUCCCUCAAUUUUGGAGCCUGUGGUACCAUUCGUGAAGGGAGGAAGGAGGCUCCAAAAACAAAAAUAAACCAACUGACCAAGAAAUCCCCCAGAGGAACUCUCAGGUGGAUAAGAGAAGAGAACCUUGUCUUCACCAAGUGGAUGGACAACAGGGAGGUGGCAAUGUGCAGCAGUAUCCAUGUUGCUUAUGAUGGGGACACUGUCAAGAGGAAACAGAAAAAGAUGGAUGGAUCCUGGGAGGAGACAAACAUACCAGUCCCAAAACCUAUUGUGGACUACAACAUGUACAUGGGGGGAGUGGACUUAUCAGACCAGCUGAUACAGUACUAUUCAGUUCACCACACAACAAGAAGAUGGUACAGGACCAUGUUUUUUCAUUUCAUUGACAUUGCUGUGACCAAUGGCUUUAUAAUGUACAGAGAAAUUCAGAAGCUGAGGAACACACCAGCCAACCAGCUCAUCACCCACAAGGCCUACGUGGAGCAGCUUGUGGCUGAGCUGUGUGGUGUCACAGUCGGGGCCGUGCCUGUACAGAGGAGAACUGGACAUACACCUGUGCCAAUCUCAAAACCAGUUGGAAGGCUGAGGUGUGAGAAAUGCAAGACAGAUGGGCUCCCAAGAAAAGACACCUCAUGGAAAUGCAAUGAGUGUGAUGUGCCACUCUGCCUACAGCCAGACCGUAACUGCUUCCAUAUGUGGCACAACAUGAAAGAUUGA